AAUGGCCUCUGUCGUCGCACAGUCUCAUUUUAUCUUCGGCCUACGGACAGGUGUGGGUAACAACUUGAGUUUUGUCGAUGAGCAAACUGUAGUUUUCCCGAGCGGAAACAGCUGUGUGUGCUACAACACCGUCCAAAGAUGUCAGAGAUUCAUUCCAGGUUCAGAGAAAAGCCGGGCCAUGCAUGCUCUUGCCAUCAGUGCCAACCGGCGUUACCUGGCAGUAUCAGAGAGUGGAGAAAAAGCCACCAUCACUGUGUUUGACCUGCAGCAUGAACAGGGCAGAAAAAGGAAAAUCCUCACUGUAGGAGACAUGCUUGUUCAAGAGUUUGUUUGCAUGGCUUUCUCACCUGACUCCAAGUACCUAAUAGGCCAGACAGGUGGCCCGGAUUGGAUGCUGAUCUUCUGGCUUUGGGAAAAACAGAAAGUCCUAGCCACAGUGAAGACCAGCAGCUCAACCAAUCCUGUGUCCCAGGUCAGCUUCAACCCUUACAACAACAUGCAGCUCUGUGUGAGCGGAACUGGUGUGCUCAAGCUUUUCCGCUACGCAGAGGGAGCCCUCAAACAGAACAGCUUCCCCAAAGUCGAGUCCAUCAACUUCCUGUGCCAUGCCUGGACGUCAGCAACACGGGUGAUUGCUGGGACAGACACAGGCAGGCUGCUGGUGUUUGAGUCUGGAGAGCUGCGAAGAGAGAUCGACCUGGCUUCUAAGGCUGUGCAGGAUCCGUCUGAUAGACAACUGGAUAUGAAGAAGAUCAAAGACGAUGAUGUGGAUGAAGGUCCCGAUGUGCCUCACAUCACAGCCAUUGUGUCGUACUCAAAGGGCUUUGCAUGCUCUUUCGGGCCAGGCACUGUCUGUCUUUUUGAAAAGAACGAGGACGAAGGUUACAGGAGAAGCAGCGAGAUUCAGAUCCCUCCAGACCCAAACUGCAGUGAGCUAACCCCGGCUGAAUGUCAGUUGAUCGACACAAUGUGCAUCAGUCCAGCAGAGGAGACUUUGGCCAUCAGCACAGACAGAGGACAGCUCUACAGCUUCAGCCUGUCCUCUGUGGAGACAAACAAGUUCGUCACUCAGGAGGAGCAUUUUGAGUUCCUGUCGCAGUCCUUCCACUCCAAGUCAAUCACCGGUUUGUCCGUCUGCGUUCGAAAGCCUCUUGUGGCCACCAGUUCUCUCGACCAAUCUGUCCGCAUCUGGAACUAUGAAACAAAAGCGUUGGAGCUGUACAAGGAGUUCCAGGAGGAGGCCUACAGCGUGGCUCUGCACCCCACUGGCCUCUUCGUUCUGGUGGGCUUUUCGGACAAACUAAGGCUGAUGAACCUGCUCAUUGAUGACAUCCGCACGUUCAAGGAGUUCACUGUACGCGGCUGCAGAGAGUGUUCUUUUAGCCAUGGUGGCCACAUGUUUGCAGCUGUCAACGGAAAUGUCAUCCACAUUUACUCUGUCCUCUCUUUUGAGAAUAUUAUCAAUCUGAAGGGCCACAAUGGAAAGGUGCAUGGCAUUGAAUGGAGUCUGGAUGACAGCCGGCUCGUGUCAUGUGGGGUGGAUGGUGCAGUGUACGAGUGGAACAUCCAAACUGGCAAGCGAGAGUCUGAGAGCGUCCUAAAGUCCUGCAGCUACACUGGUGUUGCCUUCUCCUCAGACUACAAGACAAUCCUGGCUGUGGGGACAGACUUCACACUGAAAGAGAUCCAAGAUUGUCAGGUCCUCAGGGAGGUUCCUGGUGAUGACGUAGCUCACACGGCUGUGGCAGUGUCUCACUCCGGAAGGGCUGUCUUCACUGGGACUUCCAGUGGAACCAUCAGAGCCAUUAAAUACCCGUUACCCAUCCAGAAAGAAUGGAUCAUGUACCAGGCCCACUGUGGCCCUGUCACCAAGAUGGUGAUCACUUUUGAUGAACAGUUCCUGCUGUCUGCGUCUGAAGAUGGCUGCCUGUUGAUGUGGAAGAUCAUCGAUAAAGAAGGACGCGGACUGAAGAGCAAUAGGCAGAUGAUCCACACUGAAGAGGUCCUUGUCACCAGGUCCGACCUGGAGGAGAAGAUCCAGAACAUGCUCGAGCUCCGGAUGCGUCUGGAGGAGCUGCAGAUGGAGAACGAGUAUCAGCUACGCCUGAAAGACAUCAACUACAACGAGAAAAUAAAGGAGCUUUCUGACAAGUUUUCUCUUCAAAUAGAAUCUCUGAAUGCAGUGCAACAGGCCAUGGAGAUGGAGAUGGAAAAGCAGGAACGUGAGCACCAGGAGACUUCUGCAGAGGUCACAGUGAAACACUCAAAAGAGCUGAAGGAUUUGGAGUUAUCCUACAGCCAGAAGCUGAUCGUGGAGCACGAGAGGUACCAGGGUCUUCAGCAGAAAUAUGAAAAAAUGCAGGAAGACAACGAGAAGCAACUGAAGGCCGUAGAGGAGAGCAGAAUCCGAGCCCUGGAGGAAGUGACGCAGAUAUACGAGGCCAGGCUGCGGGCGAAGACUCAGCUCCUGUCUCAGUGUCAGGAGGAACCGCAGCAGCAGAUCCGGGAGUUUAAAGAGAUGAUAAGACAAGUAGAGGAGGAUGAGGAGAGGAAGAUCCAUGACAUGCAAAUGAAGUAUGAGAGGAAGCUGCACACUGAGAAGGAGUUCAGCACAAAUCUGAAAGCAGAGACUGGUAUUGUUUCACAAAAGGUCUAUACUCUACAGAAACAGAUCGAUGAGAAGUGCACAGACAUAAACAAGAUGAAGCAGGAGCGCCAGAGGCUGACGGGAUUGAUCCGCUCACUGGAGAGUGACAUUGAGGAGCUGAAGCGGCAGAUCUGUGGACACGAAAAGACCAACCAGGACAAGGAUAAGACCAUCUCCAACCUGAAGGAGAAGAACCAGGAACUGGAGAAGCUGAAGUUUGUUCUUGAUUUCCAGUUAAAUGAGAUGAAGAAGCAGACUGAGCCUCAACAAGGUGACAUCAAUAAAAAAAAAGAGAGGAUCCAUCUGCUCGAGGAGGAGCUGGUGCAAACCGACAACAGCAAUACUCAGCUGAAGCUCACUGUCUCUGAGCUGAGGCUCAAACUGAGGACCAGAGACAAGGAGAUGCAGAAAGAUAUGCAGAAGAACAAAGAUUUGGAGACACAACUCCAGCGGAUCAAGUCAGAUCUCCAUAACUGUGUUGGCUUCAUCCAGGAGCCAAAGAAACUAAAGGACAGUGUGCAGACCAUCUAUACCCGCUAUGUACCACAGUCUGAUCGGGUGGAGAAGAAAGCUGUAGACGAAGAUAUCCAUAGGGCCUUUAUUCGUCAGCAUGAUCACAUGGAGAAGAUUAUUGGCAGUCUGAAGACGAGGCUGGCAAAAUCAGCUCAGGAUCACGAGAGAGUCUAUGUCAAGAUGAUGAAGGAGAAUGUGACUCUGAUUGCUGAAAUCAAUGAACUGCGGAAGGAGCUGUGGCUGAUGAGGACUCAGGUCAUAGACUACAAAGCUCAGCUGGCCUUCUUCAAGAGGACCAACAAGAGGCAUCCUAACACAGUGGAAGGACCAAAGAUGGCGCCCACACACGAAGACAGCCACUAAAAAUGAUUUGUAAAAGACGUAGCGGCGAUUGAAAACACAACUCCCCUCAGGAGAUGUUAGUAGCCCACAGUGAGACAUGCUGAGGAUUUUACUCUGUUAUGCUGUCACAAACACACGACCCACAGGCUCUUUUUUUCACUACAGGAUUUUCUUGCAUUGAUUUGCCAGCACACGACGGGCUCUCCAAAUUAGAAGUUUUACCUUAUGCUUAUUUGUCUUGAAUGUACUUGUAAUUAACACUUUCUGGAUAAGUGAUUGAUAUUUUUAG